AUGCCCGAAUCCUCCCUAUCCCCAGCACCUCUCCUCCCACCCCCCCGACGCAUCGUAACAGGCCACACCCCCACCGGCCUCGCAACAGUAACGCACGACACCACAGUCCCUCCCCAACCCAUCGGCAACGGACCACACAUCGCACUCCUCUGGCACAGCACGACCCACCCCGCAACCAUCAACGACGCAACCGACCAAGGCCCCGGGGCCGUGACCGGAAUGCCACCGUCCGGCUCCGCGCUAUCAGCGUACGACAUCCCGCCAAAGUCGGAGGGCGUCUUCCACCGCUCCAUCACCCUGGACUAUGUGAUUGUGGCGAAGGGGUGUGUUGUGCUACGCCUUGAUGAUGGCUCGGCGGUUAGGCUGAAUGAGGGCGAUGUCGUUGUGCAGAGGGCGACCAUGCAUAGCUGGUGUAAUGAGGGGGAGAGCUGGGCGCGGGUUUUUGGGAUUAUGAUGCCGGCUGAGAAGCCGGUUGUUGGGGGGGAUGGGGGUGGAGGGGAGGGGCGGGAGCUUGAGGCUGUGUGGCCGUUUUGA